AUUGAUACACAAGUAGUCGUAGAGUUAAAAAAUGAUUUAUCUAUUAGAGGUAUUCUAAAAUCUUGCGAUCAAUUCUUAAAUCUACGCAUUGAUGAUUGUCAAGUUUUAGAAGAGCUAAAAUAUCCACAUUUAAGUGCUGUAAAAAAUAUGUUUAUUAGAGGAAGUGUUGUUAGAUAUGUUCACAUACCUUCUGAAAAUGUUGACACUUCUCUUCUUGAGGACGCAACUCGUAGGGAAGCUCAAAUUCAAAGUCAGAAAAAUGAGCGAUAA